CAAACUAACAAGCUACAAAAAACAAAAAGGGUUGUCUCGAUCCCGUGGGACUUCUCUUGGAUCCUUCUUUGAAGAUGCAUUCCGCCAGAUAUGACAGAGAUGGGCACAGCAAACAUGAGCGGAUCGACUUUUUAAACCAAAAAGAGAAGGCACCACCAAAGAGCAAGACUGGCAUCGUGAUUGGUGUUGUUGUGGCACUUCUCAUCCUUUCAGCCGUCGCAGCUUUCCUCAUUUGGUUUUUUGUCUUUAAAGAUGCUGAUUCAGAUGCCGCCCUCAGUAAGCAGCUCCGUCAAUCAGUACCGGUUUUUAGCGGGCGUAUGAAGCUGGUUAAUCAACCUUAUGACCAAAACCUGGAGGACACCAGCAGCCCAGAAUUCCAGGCUCUGGCAGAAAAAUUGGAGACAGUUCUGGGGAACUAUUUAAAGAAAGAUCCAAUCCUCGAAAAAUACUACACCAAAUCUGUAGUCACUGCAUUCAGCGAGGGCGUGAAAGCCUACUACUGGUCUCAGUUUAACAUUCCACACAGCGACCUGGAGAUGAUACCGGACGUUUCAGAGGAGCGGAUCUUGGAUGCACUGGAGAGUGGCAUUAGGCAAAGCCGCUCGGCAAGUGCCCCUGAUGUCAAGAUCAGUCAAGUCACUGCCUCACUCACGGAUUCUCGUAUGGCCAGGGACCCAAGAGCCAAUGAUUGUUUCUACCGCCUGGAAGCUGACACAAAUCCCCAGAAUUUUUCAUCUCCAGGGUACUCCACGGGCUACCCCCCUAAGUCACGGUGUCAGUGGCAAAUCCGAGCCUCGGAGGAAAACGUUAUAGUUGUCAAUUUCCUUUAUUUCUACAUUGAGGAUGACUGCUCAGACGACUUUGUCUACAUCUAUGACUCUUUGAGUCCAGACGAUUCUCAGGCCAUUACAAAGAAGUGUGGUCAGAGGCCUCCUUCUAACCCUCUGGAGGUUGUGUCAUCUAACAACAUCAUGCUGAUUAACUUUAUAACUGAGACUAAUGCUGAGAAGCCUGGCUUCCAAGCUGCGUACAGUGCGAUCCCCAAGACUGAUGUUAAGUGUGGUGGCAGCCUUUCUCAAAAAGAGGGAAACUUCACCUCCCCACUUUACCCAAGCUUUUAUCCUCCUGCUACAGACUGCAAGUGGACCAUCACGGUCACUCCUGGGAGCAAAGUACGGCUGAGGUUCACCAUGUUUCGCAUGAAAGAGCCUGGGGUGGACACCCGUUUAUGUCACAAAGACUAUGUGGAAAUUAUGGGAAACAAGUAUUGUGGAGAAGUCGCAUCACUGUCUUUGACCUCUGACACCAACGUUCUAGUGGUUAAUUUCCACUCUGAUCAGUCUCACACUGACAAAGGCUUCAGUGCAGAGUACAGUUCCUAUGAUCCUUCAAACCCUUGCCCUAACCGGUUUGCCUGUACCAAUGGCAUGUGCAUCGACCAGAAAUUGAAGUGUGAUGGCUGGAACGACUGUGGUGACAUGAGCGAUGAGAGGCAGUGCAAUUGCGAUAAGGACCAGUUCGCUUGCAAUAAUGGUAUGUGUAAACCGAAACUCUGGGUGUGUGAUCGCGUCAACGACUGUGGGGAUGGAAGUGAUGAGAAAAUGUGCGGUUGUGCCCUAAAUGAGUUCCAGUGUGGGAACGGGGUUUGUCUGCCACAGAGUGUUCAGUGUGAUGGUAAGCAAGACUGCAAAGAUGGGAGCGAUGAGGUUGGUUGUAAAACUGAUACGAGUAUAUGCACUGACUAUAGCUUCAAGUGUAAGAGCGGAGAUUGUAUCAACAAGGUGAAUGCCGAAUGUGACCGCGUCCAGGACUGCUCUGAUAACUCGGAUGAGGCCAUUUGUGAUUGUGGCACCAGGCCUUACAAGCUGAAUCGCAUCGUAGGAGGGCAGAAUGCUGAGCUAGGGGAGUGGCCUUGGCAGGUUAGCCUUCACUUGUUAACCAACGGGCCGACUUGUGGUGCCUCAAUCAUCUCUAACACGUGGCUUCUUUCGGCCGCUCACUGUUUUAUCACCGGCGACCCAGUGAACAAAGAUCCAUCCAGCUGGCAGUCCUACAGUGGCAUGCAGAACCAAUACAACUUCGACAACGUGCAGUCCCGCAAAUUGAAGAGAAUCAUCCCCCACCCGCUUUACAGUCAAAUGACAUCUGACUAUGACAUUGCUCUGCUGGAGCUCAUUGAACCUCUGGUAUUUGCCAAUACCAUCCAACCCAUCUGCCUACCCGAUUCCUCCCAUGUCUUCCCAGCAGGCAUGUCCUGCUGGGUCACAGGCUGGGGCGCUCUCCGAGAAGGAGGUCAAGCCGCACAGAUUUUACAGAAAGCAUUAGUGAAAAUCAUCAAUGACUCCGUGUGUGACGUGGUCACAGAAGGCCAAGUCACCUCCAGGAUGCUCUGCAGUGGAUACUUGUCUGGAGGAGUUGACGCAUGCCAGGGUGACUCUGGAGGCCCCCUGGCGUGCUUCGAAGAGAGCGGGAAGUGGUUCCAGGCGGGCAUUGUGAGCUGGGGAGAGGGCUGCGCUCGUCGGAACAAGCCUGGUGUCUACACGCGCGUCACCAAGCUCAGAGAAUGGAUUAAACAGGAGGCAAAUAUUUGAUGUUUGUGUGGGGAACAGGCUGGGUUGCAGAGUAACCCAUCCUGUUGCUCAAGGUCAUCAGUGCUUUAAAAAAACCCCAUCAGACUGAACAUGGUAUUCUGAUCAGAACAAAGCUUGCCAAGAUUUACUGAGGAUACUGUUGCAUGGACAAAGCUACUCGCAUCAGCUACUUGACUUCAGGCACGGUAUUUUAUGUAAUUUUUAAAGACGAUCUUUAGCACAAUGAGCAUAGUUACCCCCAUCAAUUCAUGACCUCUUUAAGCGGUAAAUACACAGAGAAAUAUGAAAUAUGUGUAGUUUGUGAAUUAUUUUUACUGAAUUUAUUAUUACUUUUUGUCCAGUGUGACUGUUUUAAGGGAUUCAGAGUGUUUCUGAGUACAGUAUCAUACUCUGGAAAGUGGUUGUAUGUUAAAGUUUUAAUGUGAUUUUUUUUUUUUUUUUUUUUUUCCUCUUUUGUGAGAUGCUUUCAUCCUCUUGCUGCAGUAAAUAUUGCCCAUUGCCAGUAGGCUCAUGCGGUAAGUGGCUAUAAAUUUAUGGUUUUAUGUAAUGACAGACGUUUCUUUAAAAACAAAAAACAAAACAAAAAAACAAUAGCUACAAUAAAAACAAAUAACACAAGAACAAAAAUCCAGGUUGGGGAAUUUUCAUAUCCUACUAAAAUGAAUGAAAACCAAAAAUUGCCUUGAAGGUAGAAAAUGCAGUAAUCAAUCUAAAAGCCUACAGUUUGCUUUGGAAAAUGGCCAGCAAUAAAGUACACCAGUUUGUAGUCAGCAGUCUGAAAAUAGGAAAAACACUAGCAUGAACAUUGAAGAGUUAGACUGGAGUGAUUCAUAAAAACUUGUAGCAACCCAGAUCAGUUUAUUUGUUAUUUAUAGAGGGCCCUGCCGGUGAAUGAUUAGGCAAAAUGUCAUACUCAAGAGAAGGGCAGAGGGUGGUGUUUAGGUCUCGCUGGCUUUUGCACAUGUCUGCAGUUAAGCUCAGGGCGACUGGGGUCUUCAAUCACACAGCCUGAGUGUAAAUCAGUGCGGUUUUCACUAGUUGCAAGAGCAAUGCAAUCCAUUCUUCACCGUGAGAGCUUCCUCUGUUUGAUCACGACACAACUUCACCUUCAGCAACAUAUCUGACCCGAUGGUUUAUUCUAACGCACCUGCAACUGUUACACUCAGGAUAAGAACUAGAAUUUUUCCAAGGAUUAUUUAUUGAAGGGGAGGAAAUUGUAGAAUAAAAAAUUGGCAGGGUUAUAUACAUAUGUAAAUGUGUAUUAUUUUUUUCAAAAUAUGUAUGUAGAAAGUUGGGAGAGGCUACAAAUUUUAGAAGAUA